GUUUUCCCAGAGCGAGGAGUGAAGAAGGACUGAGUUGGUGCCGGCCUCUUCAGAUACAGACUGCUGGCUGGAUGGCCGGCCUGUCCAGGCUAGCUUGAGCCCAAGGGCUCCUUCGGGCUCUGUGCUACUGCCCUAGGGGCUACAGUCCCAUACCCCAAGAGAGUGGCAUGUCACAGGAGGCCACAGGGGUACCAGCCAUGCCAAGAGCAGGGCUCGGCCAGACUAAGGCCAAAGCACGGUUGCUUCUAGGCACUGACAGGAAGAGGAGCCGCCUCAGCAGGACCAGGCAGGACCUAUGGGACGACCCUAGCUGGAGCAAUCAGAGAUUGAACAGAGCCACCUCUGCCCCUCGAGGGACCAGAGCUAAGGGAACAGCUCAUGGCAGGAGCGAAGCCAGCCCCGAGAACGCGGCACGGGAGCGGACCCGGGUGAGGACCCUGCGCCAGGCCUUCUUGGCCCUGCAGGCUGCCUUGCCGGCCGUACCACCCGACACGAAGCUUUCCAAGCUGGAUGUGCUCGUCCUGGCCACCAGCUACAUAGCCCACCUCACCCGAACACUCGGCCACGAGUUACCCGGCCCUGCCUGGCCGCCCUUCCUGCGUGGACUCCGGUACUUACACCCCCUCAAGAAGUGGCCCAUGCGAUCUCGUCUUUAUGCAGGAGGCUUGGGAUGCUCUGGCCUCGAUUCCACCACAGCCACCACUGCCAGCCAAAGACCCAAGGAUGGAGAGGUGGGGUCCCAGGUCUCUGUAGCCGAAGAUGUUCUCCUUCUUGCCAACCCAGUAUCUCCAGCUCCCGGUAGCAGAUGGCCAGCACACUCUUAGACUGUGACGCUCCCUGAAGGACCUGGGUUUUUCUACCACCUCUACCUGUCUGUCCCCCUGACUCAGCCUUUGGAACUGACUCAGGCUCAACUCUCAAGUUCAGGCUCGGCUUCCGGCAGGCAGGCAGAGGCAAUGGUGACGUCAAUGGUAGAGAGUUCCAGGGGAACCCAGGACGAAGAUCUUCUUCACCUUUGACUCCUAGGAGGGGACAUUCCUGACAGGAAGUGAAAAAGCAAAGUGUUGGACGUGGUUCAAAGUCAAGUUAGGGAAUCACCCUCCCCUGCCCUCCCUAGGCCUCUUCACACAGCAAGAAGACAGAAGUCACUCUGCUGGCUUAGUUGGGAAGGCUAAGAUGGCGGCAGCCCCAGGUGCUCAUGGGUAUGUCGGGGAACACCAAGGGCUUUUGGUAGCAGUAAGUGUGAACACAUCUAGGUCACAGGUCACAAAGCCAGAGAGGAAACUGAAGAAUGGAAUGUGAUUUUUUUUUUUCACCCGCAAGACAGGGUUUCUCUGUGUAGCUUUGGCGCCUGUCCUGGAUCUCCC